AGAAGAUGUUGCUUUACGAAACAAUUAAGCAAAUCUCCAACAAGACCAACACAGUACCAAGUACCACUCUUCUCUUGGGGAAUACUCAGCCAGUAAAUCUCGUCUCAUCCACUUAUCCGCAUGGCGCGGUGAGUACCGCAAUCAGCUAGCUAUACAACUUCAGUGUCUCUCCACCCCGACGUAGAACGGCCCUCACGACUCUUUUUUACGAAACUGCACACUACAAUGCACUUCGCAUUCCCACCACGCAAAACCUCAAAUCCUCCACCCUACGCCGCACGUUCGACUCGCUACCCACUGUCUCAAUACCUCCGCCGUAGCCAAAUUCGCAAAUUCGCAAUAAUAGGCCUUGGCAUCAUCGCCUUCGUAUACUUCAUAGCCAGCUUCUCCAGCGAGAGCGAAGAGCGCAUCCCACCUGGCACGCCACCCGCGGUCAUAGUCACUGUGUUCGACCCGAGCGCAGAUGCAGUUCACACAGAGCAGAUCAAGCGGAACAGGAUAUCCUAUGCCAAGAAACAUGGCUAUGAGACUUUCUUUGCCUUAUCCACAACUUACGACCUAGGCAAACACACAAACGCAUGGUCCAAGAUCCCUGCCAUGCGCCAUGCCCUCACCUCCUUCCCUCACAGCACGUUCUUCUGGUACCUCGACGCUCAUAGCCUGAUCAUGAAUACCUCUCUCUCGCUACAUGCCCGCAUCACCUCUCCCUCGGUCCUCGAACCCCUCAUGAUCCGCGACGUGCCUGUUGUACCACCCGACAGCGUCAUCAAGUCUUUCUCGCACCUGCGCGCCGACGAUGCAAAUCUGAUCAUAGCACAAGACGCAGAGGGCUUGCGGCAAGAUAGUUUUAUACUGCGGAGCGGGGACUGGGCGAAGUUCUUUCUGGACAGUUGGAUGGAUCCGUUGUAUCGGUCGUACAAUUUCCAGAAGGCGGAUGCGCACGCGCUGGAGCAUUUGGUGCAGUGGCAUGGUACCGUGCUUGCGAAACUGGUCCUGGUGCCGCAGCGGACGUUCAACUCGUUCACGAGGGAUUCAUCGGGAAAGAAUGAGGAAGGUUUGUAUAAGGAAGGAGAUUUUGUUGCAAACUUUAUGGGAUGUGACAAAGGUGAAAGGAAUUGCGAGGACGAGAUGAAGCCGUUUCUAGACAAGGCGGACGACGUACCUGCGUGAUGUCCACAACGAGGAGCACGGCGAUCGGAGUUUUAUAUACCCUGUUUUAGAUGCACUCAAGGGCCGAGAGGCAUACAAUUCCAGCAUUCAACGGUCCUAGAUGAGUAAUUGUAACAUGAAAGGAUUCUCAGCGUCAUUUACCCCCUCACUCCUGGCUCCAUUUUCGCUUGUAAUAAGACACGCAGCAGGUAGACCAUAUA